AUGGCUAAUCUUCGACUGGGCGUCGCCUUUGGCGUACUCACCCUGACCUUGCUCGUGUUUAUGCAACUGCUCGCCGCCUUGCACAACAGUGACGAGACGCCGCCGUCUUCCUUCAGUAGAAACUUCAACCAGUGGAGAAGCCGAGCAAAUGCGGCGGCAAAAAAUGACUUGUUCCUGGUGGGUGCCGGUAAGGCAGAUGUAACUGGGCCAGUGGUCGAAGUUGACUUCAACGGCUAUGCCACCCUUGAUCAGCUGGGAACGGGUUUGCGACAGAGAAUCUACGCUCGCUCCUUCAUCUUUGCAGACCCCAACAAGCCUGACGAUACUUUUAUCUAUCUGGUUGUCGACACCCUUGCGGGUGACACUGCAGUUAGGCAUGGAGUUUUGCAAGGCCUCGCCGCACUAGGCGGCGACUAUGCACGAUAUGGCGAGCACAACGUUGCUAUGACGGGAACCCACUCCCAUUCAGGACCUGGGGCAUGGAUGAAUUAUCUUCUGCCCCAGAUCCCCACCAAAGGCUUUGACAAGCAGAGCUACCAAGCUAUUGUGGAUGGCACCAUCUUGUCUAUCCAGCGUGCACAUGAAAGCUUGACACCUGGCCGAUUGUCCUUUGGAACUAUCGAGCUUGAGGAUGCGAACAUCAACCGAAGUCCUUAUGCUUACGAUCAAAACCCCGAAGAAGAAAAAGCUCAAUACUCGGCCAAGGUUGACAAGACGCUGAGCCUUUUGCGAUUUGAUCGUGAUUCAGAUAACAAGACUGCGGCCGUGUUGACAUGGUUCCCCGUGCAUGGCACGUCCAUGUACAACAACAACACCUUAGUUACCGGUGACAACAAGGGAGUUGCCGCUUACCUCUUUGAGCGCAGUAUCGAUGGCGAUGCGAGGUUUGCUGAUGACGUGGUCAUUGGCUUCUCGCAGGCCAACGUCGGAGACACGAGCCCAAACAUUCUGGGUGCAUGGUGUGAGGAUGGAUCCAAUAAGAUGUGUUCUUAUACCGACAGUACCUGCGGGGGCACGAACGAGGCAUGCCACGGCAGAGGCCCCUUCUUCCGUGUGAAGGACAAUGGAGCGAAGAGUUGUUUCGAGAUCGGCAAACGCCAGUACAGUGCGGCCAAGACGCUCUACGAGCAGAUGAAUUCCAGCCCGACCGUUAUCACAGGCGGCUCAGAUGUCAGGUCCUUCCAUGUCUAUCAUGAUAUGAAUGGCUAUACCUUCCCGUCACCAUUCAAUGGAUCGAUAGUGAAAACGUGCCCUGCGGCAUUGGGCUACUCAUUCGCUGCUGGGACCACUGAUGGACCGGGUGCUUUUGACUUCACCCAGAAUAUCUCCUCGCCAGCCACCGAUAAUCCUCUGUGGAAAGUAGCGCGGGCAUUCAUCCACGAGCCAAGCGAGGAGCAGCAGCAGUGCCAAGGAGCCAAAGACAUCCUCUUGGACGUGGGAACUCUCACUGAGCCCUAUGCCUGGGCCCCCGACAUCGUCGAUAUUCAGGUUCUCCGAGUUGGACAACUGUUUAUCAUCAUCUCUACCAGCGAAGCCACGACAAUGUCCGGACGGCGCUGGAAGGAGGCAAUUGCAAAGGGCGCAACGAAUACUCUCGGGAUCUCAGAUCCCCAGGUAGUGCUGGGAGCACCGUCUAAUAGCUAUGCCCACUACGUCGCGACUGAGGAGGAAUACAGCGUCCAGCGCUAUGAGGGCGCGUCUACUCUUUACGGACCGAACGAGCUCGCAGCGUACAUCAACCUGACUCUCACCUAUCUUCCGUAUCUGGGAAGCGCUUCGGACAUUUCGAAACUGCCCGAUCUCCCCGCUGGCCCCAGCCCGCCCGUCAACACCAACAACUCGCUCAGUUUCAUCACAGGGGUGGUCUACGACGAAGCGCCCUUCGGCAAGUCCUUCGGAGACGUGACCGCCAACCCUGGAACCGGGCCGUACAAGCCGGGCGACACCGUCAACACAACGUUCGUCGGCGCUAACCCUCGCAACGACCUCCGCCUGGAAUCGACCUACGCAGCGGUGGAAAUGAAGAAUCCCGACACCGGGGAAUGGGAAGUUGUGCGCAAUGACCGCGAUUGGAACCUGGUUUUCAACUGGGAACGAACCAAUCUGAUCCUCGGAUAUAGCACGGUCACAGUCCAGUGGAAUAUCGAGGAUGACUAUUAUAGUGUGGAUGACCCAAACCCCGUGCAGAGCGGCACAUAUCGCUUGCACUACUAUGGGAAUUCAAAGAGUGUGUUCGGGCAGAUCUCAGCGUUUGAGGGCAUUGGAGGGAGCUUUACGGUGGCGACCUAG